AUGGACAGUUCGCCUCGGCCGCUCCCCCAACGGCGGCACGAUCUCGCCGUUGUAAAACAACAACUCGUCGUCGUCGUCUCCGUCGCAUCAACCCUCUUCGUCCUAUGCCCAGAAUGGCUACAGUUCUACAGAAAUCUCGCCGUAAUUCCUCUUCUAGCUUGGCUCACGGCCAAAGGCUUCGACCUGGUCAUCAUGCUGAACGACAAAUGGGACAAUGCGCCGGCCAUGGUCAAGUAUUUUGUUCCCAUCGACUUUCCUCAGAUUACACCUCCGUUUGACAAGAUGCGGAGUUUGGGGAAUAAGCAGUUGGCAGUUGCGAGGACCAAAUUUCGGCAUUUGUCUUCGGAGGUGAGGGCCGUGGUUAUGAUGGUGGUGGAUUGGGCCUUGGCGCAGAUUGGUGGCGGUCAACCUGGAGUCGAGUCCACAGUUCAGGAGGAGAAGAAAGCAAAGCCUGUGCCGAAACCAGAUGAAUGGGUGGCAGUCUUGGUCACAACACCGCUAAUCAACGACGACGCCGGCAUCGAUUUCGGCACCAACACCAUUGUCGAAAUUGGUGAAGUAAUCACCUGGGACCAUACGCAGACAACAUCUCUUCCGGCCAUUCUUCUAUCGUCUAGUUUCCAGAUUCAAAUGACACUUUGUCUGGUCCCCAAGAGCAUAUGGUACUCCCGCAAGACCGUCCUGGAAAAGUUCAUAACAGGACUCUACUGGAAUCACCAGCCAGGGCAACCAGCAUGUCAAGGAGAACAAUGGGAUGAAGAUCGGAUUCGAAGUAUCUCCAAAGUGCAAUUCAUUGGACACGUAGAAAAGCACAACAACAUUGACAAGGUCAACAAAUGCUUCGAGGUCCUUGGUGAAGGAUGGGACGAUGUUAAUAUUUACUGGAGCGACAUCGACUUUGCCAUUAUUUUCGCAUUCCUCCUCGUCGGCACGUCCUCAGUGGACACAUGCAAGAAACUCUUUGAUCAAUUCUCCGACCUACGAGUCGAAAAGGCCAGUCGGAACAAGGAACUCAACCGGACGCGCUUGGGUGCUGGUGCAGCAGUCUUGACACUGUUGACCGGAGGCUUAGCCGCCCCCAUCACGAUACCGAUGAUGAUGGGCGCCGAGAUGACAACGUCAACACAUGAUCGGUAUUUAUGGAGUGAGAGAACGAGAAUGUGUAAAGAGCUUUUGGGAAGAUAUGAGAACCUGAAGGCCAUCAUUGAGGUUGAAGAGACAAAGGCUCCGAAGGCUAUUGACCCAAUGCCAUUCCUUUCGCCCAAGGCCAUGGAGUCAAGUUGGUUUGUUGAUGAUACUUGGUGA